CACUUCCCCAAAAAAAAUUACCGUAUAUUUAUUUGUUUCCCUAUUUCAAAUUUUGUCUUUCCUUUCCAUUAGUUUCAUCUGUUCAUCUUCUCAAAGAAUUAAAAAUGGUAAAGCAGCAAAGGAAGGGGAAAAGAAUUAAAACCAUGGGUAUCGAGCCGGCGAAAAAGAUUGAGAACAGCUCAAGAUCCGAUAUGAUCAGUGAUUUGCCGGAUCAUAUUAUUGAUAACAUUCUAAUUUGUCUGCCGAUUCAAGAAGCCGUGAGGACUAGCAUAUUGUCAAAGAAAUGGAGGUUCAAGUGGAGAUAUCUUCCCAAAUUGGUAUUUGACAAUUCUUCCUAUGAAACAGCCAUAAUACCCUCCACUGCACAACCUAGCAUUGCUAAAUUCUUUCUUAAUAUCUAUAAAGUUCUUUUUCUUCACCAUGGACCCCUUUUGAAUUUUACUUUUCAUGUUCCGUUGUUAAAAAGAUAUCCCGAGAUUGACCAGUUGAUGCUUUACCUGAGCGAGAAAGAUGUUCAGGAAAUUUUCUUUAAGAUUGGUGAAAGGAAAACCCGUAGAGUUAUUGAUGAAAGGAAAGCCCAUAGAAUGUCAUCAUUUCUGUUCUCAUGUGUGGCAUUGAGGCACUUGACCUUGUCCUCGUGUUCUUUUCCAAUUCCGUUGGCAUUUCAAGGAUUUGUUAACUUGAUUUCUCUUAAGCUUCAGUCGGUUGAUUUUGAUGCCGAUGUGUUUGAAACAUUCAUCUCCAAAUGCCCAUUACUUGAAACACUUUCUAUAAGAGACUGUUUCGAUAUUGUUAACCUGGAUUUUGACUGUCCUAAUCUUAAGUUCUUUCACUUUUCUGGUUCUUGUAAGGCUAUUUGUUUUAGAAAAACUAGUCAACAUCUUUCAACAGUUAUAUUUGAUGAAAGUUUUGUCGGAUACGAGAAGGUAGAACCAACCGAGAUUUUCGAAAGUCUGCCCGUCGUCGAGCACUUGCGUUUCGGAUUCGACUUUUUGGUCUACCUGCGUUAUGGAGGAAUGCCGAAGAAACUUUCUCUUGGCUGUCUUAGGGUUCUUGAUCUGCCUGACUUAUCUUUUGGGUGGACGGAUAUUAUCUCUGUUGUUCUAUGCUUGAUUGUGAGCUCUCCUAACUUAGAGAAGCUCGAGCUUGGGGCUGAAUCAGCUGAUGACGACAAUUCUUCUCUUGCUAAGGAACUUUUAGAAGUACAAGACUUCUUAGAUAAUGCGCUGAAAAAACUCCGAGUGGUGAAGAUGAAUUUCGCUCACACAGUACCAAUAAAAUCCGAACUUCAAUUUAUUAAAUUUCUGUUGCGUGAAUCAGUUGUAUUGGAAAAGAUAUUUAUACAGCCUGCCAACAGAACAGCUGCUGAGGGAGCACUGAAGAUUGUGAAAAAGAUACGUCGAUUUCAACGUUCUUCAAAGAAAGCAAAAAUUGUUUACUUAGAUACUGAUGCUGAUGGCAGUGAAGGUUAGGAUGUUAAUUAUGCCUGAAAAUCAAACCAUUUUUCCUGUGUUUCUAGUUUACAUAGAAUCAGGUGUUUCCAUCCUAAAAUUUAAAUAUCAUUUUGCUCCAUUAAUUUGCAUACUUUGGCAAAUUAGUACAAAAAGAUUAUGUUUUUAUUUUUCAUUAGAAGUUUAUCUAUUAUUAGGUGACUGCUUCAUUUUUAAA